UUGGCUGCACCCUCUGGGUCCGAGCCCCCGGCAGGGUAAUUAACGAGGGAUUAAUGAGAUUUCCAAAGUCAACAGAAAAAUCGAUGGGCCGCGGAGCCCGAGCGGCGGCUGCGCAGUCCCGCUGGGGGAGGGCGUCGCGGGCAUCGGUCUCACUUGGUCCGACGAUCCGCUCAGCGCCCGCAGUCGGUGGUUAGCCCGCGGCGAUGCCUGCCCCGGCCUCAGCCCCUGCUGAGGCUACAGCCAUGCCUUCUUCAGAAGCACAGGAGACUGAAGCAGCCCCACAUAAGGAGAACCGAGUGGAUAUGGGGGCCGAGGAGAGAGCGGCCACCGACCCGCUCCGGCAGAAGUCCUGGCUGGUGCGGCAUUUCUCCCUGCUGCUGCGGCGGGACCGGCAGGCCCAGAAGGCCGGGCAACUCUUCUCGGGGUUCCUGGCCCUGAACGUGGUGUUCCUGGGCGGGGCCUUCAUCUGCAGCAUGAUCUUCAACAAAGUGGCCGUCACUCUGGGCGACGUGUGGAUCCUGCUGGCCACGCUGAAGGUCCUCUCCCUGCUCUGGCUUCUCUACUACGUGGCAAGCACCACCCGCCGACCACAAGCCGUGCUCUACCAAGAUCCCCACGCGGGGCCCCUCUGGGUGCGGGGUUCCCUAGUGCUCUUCGGCACCUGCACCUUCUGCCUCAACAUCUUCCGAGUGGGCUAUGAUGUGAGCCACAUCCGCUGCAAGUCACAGCUGGAGCUUGUCUUCCCUGUCAUCGAGAUGGUCUUCAUCGGCAUCCAGACCUGGGUGCUCUGGAAACACUGCAAAGACUGUGUUCAGGUCCAGACCAACUUCACUAGAUGUGGCCUGAUGCUGACCCUGGCCACGAACCUGCUGCUGUGGGUUCUGGCCGUUACCAAUGACUCCUUGCACCGAGAGAUCGAAGCUGAGCUUGGCAUCCUCAUGGAAAAAUACACAGGCAAUGAGACCAACACCUGUCUGUGCCUCAAUGCCACCGCGUGUGAAGCUUUCCAAAGGGGCUUCCUGAUGCUGUACCCCUUCAGCACUGAGUACUGCCUCAUCUGCUGCGCCGUGCUGUUUGUCAUGUGGAAGAAUGUGGGCCGCCGCGUGGCACCCCACAUGGGUGCCCACCCUGGCACUGUGCCCUUCCACCUGCAUGGGGCCAUCUUCGGACUGCUGCUGGGCCUGCUGGUGCUGUUGGCAGGCGUGUGCGUCUUUGUGCUCUUCCAAAUCGAGGCCAGUGGCUCUGCCAUUGCUUACCAGUACUUCACCCUCUACUAUGCCUUCUAUGUGGCUGUGCUGCCUGCCAUGAGCCUGGCAUGCCUGGCGGGCACAGCCAUACACGGGCUGGAGGAGCGAGAGCUGGACACGGUCAAGAACCCUACCCGCAGCCUGGAUGUGGUGCUGCUGAUGGGUGCUGCACUGGGCCAGAUGGGCAUCGCCUAUUUCUCCAUUGUGGCCAUUGUGGCCAAGCGCCCGCAUGAGCUGCUCAACCGCCUCAUCCUGGCCUACUCGCUGCUGCUUAUCCUGGAGCACAUCGCUCAGAACCUCUUCAUCAUCGAGGGCCUGCACCGGCGCCCACUCUGGGAGGCAGUUCCCGAGGGCCUGGCAAGAAAGCAGGAGGGUGAGCCUCCCCGCAGAGGCUCCCUGCUAGAGCUGGGCCAGGGCCUGCAGCGGGCCUCACUGGCCUACAUCCACUCCUACAGCCACCUCAACUGGAAGCGGCGGGCCCUCAAGGAGAUCUCACUCUUCCUCAUCCUCUGCAAUAUCACACUGUGGAUGAUGCCUGCAUUUGGCAUACACCCGGAGUUUGAGAAUGGGCUAGAAAAGGAUUUCUACGGCUACCAGAUAUGGUUCACCAUCGUCAACUUCGGCCUGCCUCUGGGGGUCUUCUACCGCAUGCACUCUGUGGGAGGCCUUGUGGAGGUCUACCUGGGGGCCUGAGGCUGCCCACCCCGGCAGAACCUUGACGUGCCAAGGCAGGGAAGAUGGUAGCCCAGAUGCCUCAUUCUGAGGUGCGGAGACCAGCCUGAGGCUCCCAAGGCCUCCUGCCCCCCAGAGCCUCACUGAAGGGGAGGACACGGCCUAUAGUCAGAGGCCAAGGGCGGGGGCCUGGACACUGAGCUUCUGAUGCCCAUGGCCAGGCCUGGGCACAUGCCUGCCCCCUGCUUUCCCACCACAAUCAGCGAGCCAACGGUGCACCCCAGGAGGCUGGCAGGGGCCCCUUCACGGCUACUUUCUGGGAGGGUCAGACCUACAUGACCGAGUCUGGGGAGCUUAGCGAGGGGUGCCCCUGUCCAGCCAGGCCUCAGGGGUCUGCCCCCUGCUGCAAGAAGAGCACCUGGUCCUAGUGUGGCUCUGGACAUCCUCAGAGCUCAGAGCUCUGAGCUGGGAGGCCAGCUCCUUUCCCCACACAUCUAUCUCCUAAUGAGCUCAUUCAUUAGGUGCCAGGCAGGGUUCAACAGCUCUCUCCUGCGGCAUAAACCCUAUUUGUUUGAUCGAUU